UACACAUGCAAGCUUACAACAAUUUGCUAUUUUAACUUUUUCAGCUUUUCUAUGACUUUGGUUGAUUCCCUUGACACACUAGUGCUGUUGGGAGAUUUUGAUGAAUUUGAACGAGCCGUUAAAUUAGUAAUACAGGACGUACGAUUCGACAACGAUAUAGUAGUUUCCGUUUUCGAGACAAAUAUACGCAUGGUUGGGGGUUUACUAUCGGCACAUGUUUUGACGGACCAUAUACAGAAGAAUAAUGGUGUUAUGCUGUGGUACAAAGGAGAAAUGCUAGAGAUGGCUCGUGAUUUGGCAUAUCGCCUAUUACCGGCAUUUAACACAUCAACAGGAAUUCCGCAUGCAAGGGUCAAUUUACGCAACGGCAUGAAAGAUGAGCAGUUAAGAAAAUCAAGGGAAACAUGUACGGCAUGUGCGGGUACUAUUCUACUAGAAUUCGCUGCGUUAUCUCGAUUAUCUGGUGAUCCUGUAUUUGAAGCACGUGCUCACACUGCCAUGGACGCGCUUUGGAAGCUGCGGCAUAGAGGCUCUGAUUUAAUGGGCACUGUACUUAAUGUACAUUCUGGGGAUUGGGUACGUCGUGAUUCGGGAGUUGGAGCUGGUAUUGAUUCAUACUAUGAGUAUUUAUUCAAAUCAUACGUUUUAUUGGGCGAUGACAAAUACUUAGCGCGUUUCAACCGUCAUUACAAUGCAGUUAUGAAAUAUGUUAGCGAAGGUCCAAUGCUGUUGGAUGUACUCAUGCAUAGACCUCAUGCAAAGUCACGCAAUUUCAUGGAUUCAUUAUUGGCAUUUUGGCCUGGCCUUCAAGUGCUAUCGGGAGACAUAAAACCAGCUGUACAAACACAUGAAAUGCUUUACCAAGUAAUGCAAAUGCACACGUUCAUUCCAGAAGCAUUUACAGUUGAUUUUCAAAUUCACUGGGGACAACACCAUCUGCGGCCUGAGUUUAUUGAAUCCACAUACUUUCUUUAUAGAGCAACUGGAGACCACCAUUACUUACAAGUUGGCAAAAAGGCGUUAAAGGCACUGCAGAAAUACGCAAAAGUUCCUUGUGGAUAUGCGGCUGUAAAUGAUGUUCGCACCGGAAAACAUGAGGAUCGGAUGGAUUCCUUUGUACUCUCUGAAACAUUCAAAUACUUGUUUCUGUUAUUUUCAGAUCCUCAAGAUUUAGUAGUUAAUGUCGACGAGUUUGUCUUUACUACAGAAGCGCAUUUAUUACCACUAACUAUCGCACAACUGGGAAACACAACAUUUAGUCUAAGGCAAACUGAUGAACAUAACGUUCUAGACUUUAUGCGUACAUGUCCCAACUCUAAUAAAUUUUUUCCGGAAAAAUUACGUAAACCAUUGCGCAACUUAAUUUCGGGUUCCUGUCCCCGAGUACCCACUGGAAAGCGACUACGUGCUUUGGAAUUUCAAGCGAGUAAUCCUGACCAUUUGCGGGCUAUUUACGACAUGGGUAUUACCAUGGUGUCCUUAGGUGAUGGCAAGGUGCGCCUCUUUCAUAGUUUCUAUAACGCGAAGAGUCCCGAAGAUGGGGAAAUGGGUUUGCUGUUUAUGCAAGAAAUGCUAGAAUUGACCAAAAUUCAAAGCAUGAAUCAACUGGCCCAACUUCAGGCUGUUGCUUAUUCCUUAGAUGAUUAUUCCAAUGAGUGGACAGCGGUGAUGGCUGGCCCAUCACAUUUUAGUCUCGAGCUGACAGGAGAACAAUUUGUAGAAGGAGAACUAAUUUUGGCAGCACCUUUCCCAGCUUGUGAAGAGCUCACAAAUGGUGAUGAAAUCCGUGGCAAAGUGCUUAUUGCUGAACGAGGGGAUUGUACAUUUGUGAGUAAAGCACGUCUGGCACAAGCAGCUGGUGCCCUUGCGCUAAUAGUUUGUGAUAAUGUGGCGGGAUCUUCGGGGGAAACACAACCUAUGUUCGCUAUGUCAGGUGAUGGAAUCAAUGAUGUUAGCAUUCCGGUGGUUUUCAUGUAUUCACAAGAAUUUAAUAAACUCGCUAACAUAAUACAACGUAAACCAAAAAUGUCUGUGAGAAUCAUGCAAAUGAUCGAGUUUAAGCGGUGGCAGCUCGCAAAAGAUUCAACGCGGAUACUAACAAAAAAAAAGUAUCAUACGUCAGUGGGCACAAAAACAUACGUCAACUAUAAAACGAUAUCGUCAGCUGAACAGAAAACACAAUCAAAAGAUGGAGUUUCGCCUAACGUAAAUGUGAAAGGAUCAGCAUGCUCAGAAAUGGAUAAAGCUUCACCAACAGCAACGGGAUCAGUAAACGCUAAAGAUGAACUCUAGUGAUAUUUAAUUGAUAUGUCAUAGGAAAUUUUCUUUUAAAUUCUUCCCGUUUAAAGGAAAUUGAGGGCCCAAAUCAUUUUUAAAUGAUUCACUGUAUAUGUAUUGUUUACAUCGCUUUUGAGUUAAAAAUUAAUUAGAAUAACAAAUUAUCGCCAUGGAAUAA